GAGAUUGUUCUAGUUUAUCUUAUAACCAGUCAGAAAAACAACACUUUCAGUUUGGGGUCGAACGCGGGACCUCCGAACGGUAUGACAACAUCCCCUUCACCCGGAUGUUAAAACAUAACAAGAUGUCUGCACAUAAAUAGCAAGACAGCUGACAGCUAGCGACAAACGAGCAUCAUGAGACGCCUCGUCCUUCUGUGUUUUGUACUGGUGAUAGUGGACAACCUGCAAGCAGGGUCCCUGACGAGCGACAGCGAGAAGUCGAGACAAAAGCGCUUCGUGCUGAAAAGGCUGUUGAAACUGAAGAACAACUUAAUCGGCAGUUUACUGCAACCUGCAGGCACGAUAUCAGCGAGCGGCAUAAAAUCGACUGGUUUUUCAGCGUUUGCUUCAGGAGGAAGUUCAAGCAGUAAUUAUGGCAGCUCUGGAAACAUAGGAAGUUCAACUGGAACUAUCGGUGGCUCCGGGAGUCUAUAUGGUUCCAUCGGAAGUUUUGGUGGCUCCGGGAGCCUAUCUGGCUCAGGUGGAAGUUUCGGUGGCUCCGGGAGUCUAUCUGGCUCAGGCGGAAGUUACGGUAGCUCCGGGAGUCUAUCUGGUUCCAUCGGAAGUUUUGGUGGAUCCGGGAGCCUAUCUGGCUCAGGUGGAAGUUACGGUGGCUCCGGGAGUCUAUCUGGUUCCAUCGGAAAUUCUGGUGGCUCCGGGAGUCCAUCUGGUUCCAUCGGAAGUUUCGGUGGCUCUGGGAGUCUGUCUGGUUCCAUCAGAAGUUUUGGUGGUUCUGGAAAUAAAUACUGUUGUAAGGAAACGUAUGGAGAUAUCGGUCGUGGCUUCUCCAGUUCCUCGGUGCAAGCUACAUCUGGCGGUGUGUACAGCAGCGCCAGCAGCCAGGCUUAUAGCCACUAAGAAAGAACCGACGUUUCGAAUUAACUGCAUGGUUAUAAUUCUUCGCCCUUAAGAUACUUUCCAUACAAUUCUGGAAGUGAAGCAGUCACAUGAUCUGUUAUACUCAGAAUGAUAUUGAAUUGUAGUGGUUGGUAUCACUUAGUACAUCCAAUCACGGCACAAAAUCUGAAAAGGCUGUACCCACUUCUCCCCUGACAAGCUGUGAGCUCUGAAAUAACACCAGGACCUUUCUGUUACUAACAGAUUUGUAGUAGCAAAGCUCACUCGUAACCUGCGUAAUCCGAUAAUUUGAUAACUCUAAUAACCGACACUUGAUGCCAGAUGGACAGAGAAUGUUGCCUUGCCUGCGUUAAAAUCAAUCAACAGAUCCCACGUUAUAUAAGUACAUACACUAACCGUCACUCUUACUUGCACCAAAGUUCGGGCUGCCUUCCUAAACGUCUUUAUGACCAACGUUUCACCUCCUUCGACAAACCUUAGGUUGUUUCUAGGAAUUACAUUUGCAAGUAAUUUUCAACAUUAGUGACGCGUGAAGACCUCAUUUUUCAUCCCAUAAUAUUUUCACCUCCUAAACGCGACCUUCAGAAAAGUUAUUUUGAAAAUUUACCACAGUGUUUCAAGUACUGAAUUUAUUUUAUAACACUACUUGCAGCAUAAAUAAUAAUUAUAUAAUGAAAGUCAUUGUAAAAACAGAGAAAUGUUAUAAAAAUUAACGACGUGUUUUCAAAUUCUGAAAUGAGUGGAUAAAAGGGCUAAAUUCAUUCAAAUACUUCUACUUCUGGUAAUCAAAGAUGGACACAAUUGGAUGUUUUGUAUGAUGGCUAGUUGAAUGAAUGAGCUGGCUUCGUAAUAUGGAGUCCUUGAUUAGUUGACAGCAUCUCAGCUAAGCAAAAAAUAACAGCUUUAAACCGAAUCUUCAUUACCGUAUUAACAAUCAAAUCAGAAUCCUUCUAAGGAUCAGAGGUUUGUAACUUGGCUCCUUCAUCCCCUUUCUGGUGGUGUAGCACCAAAACAACAUGUGUCCACUUCUUCACCACGCAGCUGAUCACAAAAUUAAAAUAUGUAAAAGGGAAAAAAAAAACACUGUUUGAGGCAAAAUAUUCAGCAUAAAUCAAUCCUUUCAUUACCAGCUUAGAGAAUAAAGAAUAUAUAAGGAUUCACCAGA